AUGCGAUGUCUUUGCGUAGUAUCCAUUAUUUUUAUCCUUUGUUGCUUGUCAAUAAAGGGACAACGUUUAAAUUGUAGCAGAAUUCGUGAAAAUUGUGAGCCCUGUAUCCGCCGUUUGGUGGAUCCCAUCAACAAUCUGGACUUUAUAAACAGGGAUUGCAGGGAAAGUGUCGGCGAACGUUGGGUUUGGCGUGAUGUAAGGCGUUGUGACAUGCAGAUUGUUGCCUGUGAAAAUCAUGACAGCAAACUGGAUUGUGAUACCGUGGCUAGGUUGGCUGGAAUGAGAAGGCGCCAUUAA